CGCUAUGUCGCAUAAAGCCGAAGACUCUCCACGAAUAUACUUUCUUCCUCUCUUCUUUCUUUCCCUUUUCCCUUUUUUUUACUUCUAAAAAAAUAUUUGAAGUUCCUUGAUUUUACUUCCUUCAUAGAUCCCUAAGUAUCUCUCUGCUUUUUUCUCUUUCUCCUGUUCCGUCUUUGCGUGAUCCAUCAUCAUCAUGGAGUUUUUACUAGAGUUGCUUCUCACGGCGGUUGUUGCGCUUCUGUUUUCUUUCCUUGUCGCCAAGAUCGUAUCUGUUUCUAUGGCAGGAGUAAACGAUGGUAGUUCCGAUCAGGCGAGGGAAACUGAGAUCGGUGUCGGUGAUGGUUUUGCUACGGUGGAGGAGCUUUGUUUUGGUUUGAAAGUGGAUGCUCCGGUGGUCCAGAGCGAGAGGAAACUCCGAGCUGUUGUUGAUGAGAAUGUCGAACACGUGGAUCGGUUUGGAAGUGGAGCUGAUCGUGUUGUUGAUGAAGUUGAGGAAGCUGCUAGAGACGUUGAGUUGGUGGUUCCAACUACGGAAGCUAAUGAGUUCUUGGCCGCUGUCUCGCCGGGGAAUGUGGUAGCCAAGGAGAUGAUAGUUCGUGGAGAAGAAGAAACAGGUUAUGAACGUGAAGAGUUGGUUGUUAGUACGGCGGAAGCUGAGUCCACUGCUUCUAUAUCGCCGGAAAACGUUAUUACAGAGGAGAUUAUGAAUCGAGGACAAGAGGAGGGAACAGAAGGAAGAAGUGAUUGUGUAGAAAACGUAAAAAGAGAAGUCGUAGUUACGGAGUCUGAGAAGGUUAGGGUUGAAGAAAGUAACAGUGUGGAGAAGAGUGAGGAUAAGAUGGAGUUGAGUAUUGAAGAGCAAGUGGAGUUGAGUAUUGAAGAAGAAGAUCUUGAUGAUGAUUGGGAGGGGAUUGAGAGGAGUGAGCUUGAGAUAGCCUUUGCAGCUGCUUCAAAUCUUCUGGAGGAAUCAGGGAAAGGUGAAGAUAUUGGUGCUGAGGCUAAGAUGGAGCUGUACGGCCUUCACAAGAUCGCCACGGAAGGGUCAUGCCGAGAGGCACAGCCUAUGGCCGUCAUGCUCUCUGCUCGUGCUAAAUGGAAUGCCUGGCAAAGACUUGGAAACAUGAGUCAAGAAGAGGCAAUGGAGCAAUAUCUUGCACUUGUUUCAAAGGAGAUUCCUGAUUUGGUGAAUACUGUAGGGAAGAUGCCAGAAACAGAAACCUCUGUUGACUUACCACCUAACUCUGGAUCAUUAGAAGAUCCGACCACUUUAGACACAAUUGGUGUUGCAACCAGCAAAAAUGAAAUACACGUUUCAGGGGAAGAUGAAUCCAGUGUUUAAGCAGGAAAGGCUUGAUUGAACAAAGAAUCCUUUGGGAAAAUAAAGGCAAAUCUAUUCUUUUGCAUUAAAAGUAUGUUUCUCAAAAGAUAAUAUCAUAAAUGCAGUAAAUAGACCAUUUGGUUGUAUAGUGUUGUUCUACAUAAUUCCUAAUCCUCACCCAAUGGUUUGAAGGAGUUACUUUCAGCAAACAAAAACAAAUUAAAUAUCUAUGUGUGUGUGUGUGUGUGGAUUGGUUGAUUUAUGGUGUGUAGAUAAAACUAAGACAUCAAUCAAGCAAGGGAACUUAUACCUUCCUA